AUGUCCUCUUCCUCUUCGACGAUAUACCCAGCCUCAAAAUUGGGCGAAUACGUGGUUACAAAGGACAUCGCGGAGGGGACGUUUGGCAUCGUGAAAAAGGCCACGCAUACGAUCACCGGACAUGAAGUGGCGAUGAAGUACAUAUCAAAGGCCGCUGUACAAAGGGAACGCACGAAACCGCGCGUCCGGCGAGAGUUCGAGUACAUGAGGUUGCUUAGACAUCCACAUAUCAUCAAGCUAUACGAAGUAAUCUCUACUCCCACGGACAUCAUUUUUGUUUUAGAAUACGCCAAGGGCGAGCUUUUCAACUACAUCGUAAAGCAUGGCCGUAUGCAGGAGCCUCGCGCACGCCUUUUCUUCCAGCAAAUUAUCUCUGGUAUCGAAUACUCACACAGACUGAAGAUCGUCCACAGGGACCUCAAGCCAGAAAACGUGCUUUUAGACGACAAUCUCAACGUAAAAAUCGCCGACUUUGGUUUGUCGAGCGAGAUCAGGGACGGCGACUUUCUCAGCACCAGCUGUGGGAGUCCGAACUAUGCAGCACCCGAGGUCAUUCGUGGAGGUGUGUACGCUGGUCCUGAGAUUGAUGUAUGGAGUUGUGGUGUGAUUCUCUAUGUCAUGUUGUGUGGGAGAUUACCGUUUGAAGAUGAAGAUGUCGGUGUUCUCUUCAACAAAAUCAUUCAAGGCCAAUAUUACAUACCAUCAUACCUCUCCGAUAACGCGAAGCACCUCAUCAAUUCCAUGCUCGCUGUCGAUCCCGUGAAACGGAUAACCGUACACGAGAUUACCCAGCACCCGUUUUUCACCACGGACCUUCCUCGGUACUUGUCUCCACUACCACCCCCACCAGGCCCUGUACUUGGUACGUUGACCUCACUGGUCUCAUCGCCGGCGAAACCAAUGGAUUUUGAAAUUGUCGAAGGGCUGGGUAGAAUUGAUGAAGGCAUUGUGGCCGAUCUGGCUGCCCGAAUGGAAGGCGUGACCAAGAAGGCUAUUUGGGAGUGUCUACGAAGGGAUGAUGGCGUCCAGGGAAAUGCUGUAAAGGUCGCAUAUAUGUUACUGAAGGAUAAGCAACAGCUUGGCAAAGAUCUCGCACUUUUCGCAGAGCAAGACCGCGAUGCACAGGAGGCUGUUUUGGACCCUCGAAACGUCCUGACACCGAAUACAUUAUCUGCGAAUGGAAACGACUUGGAAGACAAUCCAUUUGAUGAAGCCUUCAGCGCCACUCCUGUAUCUGACGACGAAGACGACUCUUAUUCUGAUGACUCUGAUCUUGGAUUCUCUCCGACCGACUCGGACGUAGAGGCGUCCGCCAACUUUUCAGUCCUAAACUCUUCAUUGCCUCCUGGUGAACACCACCUUACCACAUACGCCUCUGCCAAGCGCUCCGCAGGGAGAGAGAAAAGGCAUCACAGGACAAAGUGGCACUUUGGUAUACGGAGUCGAAGUCCCCCAAUGGAAAUUAUGCUGGAAAUUUACAAGGUCUUGAAAGAGCUGGGAAUGGAGUGGAAGGAGAAGCAAGGUUUGGGUGGUUUAGGCGGGGUCAUGACGAAGCCAGGAAUGGGCGGUGUGGGUAUCGAGAGGGUGAAGGACCUGGACGGUGGAGGUACAGUGGACCAAAAGGCGGCUGCUGGGAUCUACUUCAUCGAGACUAGGGCAAGAGCGCAUAAUGUCGUGGUCCUGAUAAACCUACAGCUGUAUAUGGUUGACUCCAUUAAUUUCCUGGUCGAUUUUCACCACAAAAAGACGUAUAGGGCGUCAACCCAGCCCGGUGCGGGGAAGUUUGACAUGGAGCGUGCUACAGCGCCGGACUCUGGAAGCAAAUUGGUGAAGGAGGAUGACAUCGUUGUUUCUCCUUAUCUUUUCAUGGAUGUUGCUUGCAGGAUAAUAUUGGUGCUCGCGGGCGGUGGCUCCGACUAG